AUGCCGCAUGGAUAUGAAGAAUCCGGUGAGCACAGCAACGAUGUUUGGACAUACUGCACAACGACAAAGUUUACCAAAGUGAGGAAAUCUACGUCUGCUCUACCUGCCGUUACAGUUUACUACUGUGACUAUCUUUGUGGACAACAACUGGCCAUUGAUGGCAAGUUUGUGGCAUUUAUGGACGAAGAUUUGAAGAGUGACUCGACGGUUGACUUUACUGGGAGUGCUGAUUCGGCUGGUAGCAAAGCAGGAAAACUGGCUGUAUCCGCCGUGGUGGAAUCCCUUGCCACCGCCACCACCGAUUUGAAGGAAGCUAUGAGCCAAAGAAACAACGUAACGGAGGAAAUCUCUCAAACGAAUAGCUGGAAUGACUAUUUUGAUAUUGGCAAUUGGUAUUGUAAAUUGAAGGAGGAUACCCGCAAUGGGGAUUUGUCCAAAGCCCGUAUGGUUGGAGCAAUGGAGGUUCGUAUCGGGCAACUUGAAGCACACUUGAAGAUCGUGCCGGCCAAGUCAGUUAUUGAAACAGAGGAAACCGGCGCACUGGCCGAAUAA